AACUCUGUGUGCAUUAUAAAUGACAUAAGUGACGUUUCCCGAAUGUUAAUAAAGGUUAAUGCACGAUAUUAUUUAUAAGUACCCACAAAAUACUCCAGUUUUAUCUUAUAUUUUUCACGCCAUAUGUAUGAGCGAAGACGAAUAUGAAUCCAUAAAACACGGCAGUUUUACUACUCAUCUACUAGCAGGAGCUUCGGCGGGCAUAAUGGAGUUUUGCAUAAUGUUCCCAAUCGAUACAGUCAAAACCAGAAUGCAAUCAAUAUCGUUUAAGGCAAAGGAAAAAGUGAUCCAAUUCCUAAUUAAAAUGAUAAGACAAGAAGGUCCUUUGAGUCCAAUACGUGGUAUGUCAGCUAUAGCUAUAGCAGCCGGUCCAGCUCACGGUUUAUAUUUCGCAAACUAUGAAUUAGUAAAAGAUAAACUAAAACAUUUCGUAAAAAAUGAUCAAUAUGAUUCUAUAUGUCAUGGUAUAGCUGGAUGUACGGCUACGUUCUUUCACGAUUCUAUAAUGAAUCCAUCUGAAGUAGUAAAGCAAAGAAUGCAAAUGCAGAAUUCCGUUUGUAGGAAUACUUUCAAAUGUGCCGUAGAUAUUUAUAAGAACGAAGGAGUAAGAGCAUUUUAUAGAUCAUUUUUCACAACGCUGAUCAUGAAUAUACCAUUCCAAAGUAUACACUUUAUGAUUUACGAAAUAUGUCAAAAUAUAUUGAAUAAAGAACGGGCUUACAAUCCUGGGACGCAUGUUUUAAGCGGUGGAAUAGCUGGGGGAGUAGCUUCGGCAGUCACCAAUCCUCUAGAUGUCUGUAAAACUCUGCUAAAUACUCAAGAAGGAACAAAAAAUGUGGAAUCGCUGAAGCAAGCUGCGGGGAUUGUAUUUAAAACUAAAGGUCUUCUAGGUUUUCUUGGAGGUUUACAAGCUAGGAUGCUUUAUACGAUACCAUCAACUGCAAUAUGCUGGUUUACGUACGAAUUUUUCAAGUUUUUCUUACAAAAUAAAACACAUAUUGAACCAAAGAGAAAAGAAUAAUAAGUCAUAAAAGAUUUAGCAGUAAUUUUUUUAUACAUUGAGUGUCUCUGUGUUAUUUAUUAUUAUAAUAUCAAGAAA